AACUCGGUGGCAGCGUGUGGGAUAGCCCGGACACGGCAGGGACGGUGAAAGGGGCGUGAUUUCAACCACACCAUCCAACUGGCUGCAGAGACCCAUUGACUAAAACCACCAAUAAAAAGCAUGCAUUCUGACUGACAAUCAAACGGACCAAUGGUGACGAGCCAUGCAACACCGUGGAAGCUGACGAUUCGGUGGGAUGGGUUUUGCUCUACGAUGGCCGCCGCCAGCAGCAGCAGCAGCAGUUGCAGCAGCAAGCGCAAGAGCAAUUACAGGGAGUCCAAAUCUCCAUCCGGUUUAAUUUCCAGAGGGAAGACGAUGCCGUUUAAAUCAUGCUGGACUUUCGCUCUUCUUAUUCUCACUGUCGGCCGGUGUUUCGCCGACGACGAGCACGAAAUGGAAGAGUUUCUGAAGCGGGAGCACUCCCUCUCCAAGCCCUACCAAGGCGUGGGCUCCUCAGGCUCCUCCCACUGGGAGCUGAUGGGGGACGCCAUGGUAACCACCGACCAGGUGCGCCUCACACCUGACAUGCAGAGCAGGCAGGGGGCAGUGUGGAGCCGCGUCCCGUGCCACCUGAAGGACUGGGAGAUGCAGGUGCACUUUAAGAUUCACGGGCAAGGCAAGAAGAACCUGAACGGUGACGGGCUGGCCAUUUGGUACACUAAGGAACGCAUGCAGAAAGGUCCUGUAUUCGGAAAUAUGGACAACUUCACUGGCUUGGGUGUGUUUGUGGACACGUAUCCCAAUGAGGAGAAACACAUAGAGGCGCAGAAGAAGAGAUACACUCCGCGCACACAGAGGAUCUUCCCCUUCGUUCUGGCCAUGGUGGGGAACGGCAGCAUCAGCUACGACCACGAGCGGGACGGUCGGCCCACGGAGCUGGGUGGCUGUAACGCCAUGGUGCGCAACCUGAAACACGACACCUUCCUCUUCAUCCGAUACAUCCGCCGCAGGCUCACGGUGAUGAUAGAUAUCGACGGGCAGCACGAGUGGAGGGACUGCCUGGACCUACCUGGGGUGCGGCUGCCCCAAGGCUAUUAUUUUGGCGCUACAGCCAUCACUGGAGAUCUCUCAGAUAACCAUGAUAUAAUUUCCCUGAAACUCUACCAACUGACGGUGUUGCGGAGUCAGAAGGAAGAGGAGGAGGAGGAGGAAGAUGAAAUAACCAUACCCAGUGUAGAUAACUUGGACCUACUCAGAUUGGGCCAGAGUGAAGAAGGGAUGAGCGGAAUAGCCAUUUUCUUCACCGUGCUCUUCUCUAUGCUGGGUUGUAUCUUCCUCAUCGUCAUUGGCCUGGUGGUAUACGGCCACUGGAACGAGAGCCGACGCAAGCGCUUCUACUGAGGAAGAGGGGGACAGAAAGGUAGAUGGUGAUUGUGGUAACUACUGCGGUCCGUGGACCCAACUGCACAAAAGUGAGAUGCUGCUGUCGGCCAGUAGAGCGCAGUAGCUCGUUUUAUCCUGCCAGGAGAUGGAGUCGAUGUAUCACCUGCUAUAAAAAGCCACUCUCCAAACGUAGCCAUUGGUAGUCAUGAAGCAGUAGGACUUUAUUUUACACUUCCUCUUCAGCCCCUGCCUGACACACACCAACUCGGCCUUAUCGUCUCCACCUCUGCACAGCAGACUAGCAGUACACUAUAUUACACUACUUCUUUUGAGCAGCUACAUUUUAUUUUCCGUUACCUUAUUUGACGAAUAUGAACUAAUUUUUACUUCACUGAGUUUGAUUAUAUUGGUUUGAGAAAUAUAAAUGUGUAAGUAUCUGACGUGUUCCUACUCUAAAUAAAGAUGCAUCUAUACUCUUCUUUGAAUUAGAAAAGCCUCUCAGGGCUCCGUACUCAAUCAUUUUGACUGUGUAACCUAUAUAUAGUAUAUUCUUAUCCUGUAAUUGCUGUAGUAUGCAUGACAUUCGUUGAGGUUAUUUUUUCUGAAUCGUCUAGGCUACCACUGUUUUUUGUUUACAUUAUACUUUACCUUUUUAUGUGUUUUUGUACAGCAUGUGAGACAUUUGACCUCUAUCUCAUUGGUGCAUGUGCUGGUGGCAAAAAUUUAGGUGUUUCAGGUAAAUCUUUAACUUCAAUUAAAUGAUAUUUUUAUUUUUUAUCAAUACUGGUUUUCACAAAAUUAUUUAUCUCACUUAUGUUUUAGCAGUUCUCGUUUCCCCUGAUUUACUAUAUGUAUUUGAGAAAAUGGAUCAAAUUUCUUGGAUCAGCUUACAGCAAAUUCUUCUCAAGAUAUUUUAAACAAGAUACAUUUAAAUUUUGGAAAAGAACCUUUGCACUGAAGGAGGAUUGGGCGUGGUUAAAUAGAAUUUUAAUGACUACUCGUUUAUCAGGACAGUCUAUUUUCCCUGUAGCGGACACUUUUUUUCUGCACAUUGAAUACUAGGGUGACCUUUUGUUUGAGUUUCUUGUGUUAUAUGUAAAAACAUCACCUCUGUUUUUCUGUUAAGCGUGUCAUACAGUAUAUGUUUUUUGAAGCGAAGCCACCAAACAUACCGGCUUGGCCUCAGGCUGCCUCUUAUGAAUCUACUGUAGGUGCUGGCUUGCUGUUGUUGACUCAGCGCCAUCUUCUUCUAUAUGUUAUGGAUAUGAAUCCAGGCCUCAUGUCAACAUCAUAUUAUCUUUUAUGUGGUGCUUUUUUUGAUUGUUCAAUGUAUAAGGACUUUAUUUCAUGUAGCCUCUUAGACAGCCGUCCUACUUUAUUUAUAAUCUGCUGUUUGUUGUUUCAUUUGAAAACUGUGUGCCUCAUGUAUCCAUCCAGUGACCCAAAAAUCUUUUUUAUAACCAUUUCUUGUCUCGUUUCUUUGUCCAGAACUAUUUGCAUUGCCUCGUAAAAGACCAAACAGACCUACCCUGACAUUGUUUAUGACCUCUGGGUGUUCAGGUGGGUUAUGUACAUGACAGUAACAUACAGAUAGUACUUCCUGUAAUUAACUGUUCAACAUUUAUAAGUGAAAUGCUCAUGUUACUGGCUGGAGCACAGAGGAAAAAGUAUAAGAAUAAGCCACCUUUUUCAAAUGUAUUCCUAGAGCAUUGCACGACAGAAACCUCAUGAUCAUGACUUUUUGAACUUUCAGUGUGUUGGGACAAGAGGUUGUGUGUUAUCCUCAUUUUUGGAUAACAUAACAUCCCAUCAAUAAUUUAGACUAACUGCCUGAUGUGCCUCUCACACAGCUGUUGUGACAGUCCUCCAGAUCAAUAUUUCAGCUUUGUCACAUGCCUAGGGGGGGCACCAUUUUCACUCUGUGCUCAAGGUCUAUCUUUCUUUGAGCACUCAAGUUUUUUUUUUUUCCCCACAGUUUUUACAAAAGUUUAAAUCAGCAAGCCAGGGUCCUGCAAAUGGCUGCUUGUGGUCAAAUUGAUUCAUUCAGAGGACUGGAUUGAAGAAAUGGCAAGAGUCAGUCAGUUGUGUGCCAAUGUUUUUUUUUAUUAAAAAAAUAAAAUACAAAUGAUGACCCAAAGAGUACACAGCAGACUUCUUGCUAAAACCAAAGCAUUUUUAUCUGUAAUUCAGUGCUUUAAUUUUUUAUUUUUUU